AUUUUAACACUCCUGUGGCAUGAAAGAGCAGAGCGGAAAGGGAGGUGCUCUUAACGUGACGGGACCGAGCGGAAGUCCUGGUUCACACGCCACAGGAGAGCAUCCUGGGAGCCGGAAGUAGGGAGGAGCUCCUACAGUCGACCUGGGCGCCGGCAAACUCGCGUGGUAGGAGAGCGCGUGGCAGUUUCCAGAGGAGUGUUGCCGGAGCGCCUGACUCGUGCGCGGAGGUCAGAGGUGGCGGUAGUUCGACCUCGGUGUACAACCUGAGACCGCGAGCUAUGGUGGGGAGAUCCCGGCGGCGCGGAGCGGCCAAGUGGGCAGCAGUGAGAGCCAUGGCAGGUCGCGGCGCGGAGGACGAAAAGGAAGACGAUUUAGAAUUGCCACCCUCGCCAGGGGACUCCAGCUACUACCAGGAUAAGGUAGAUGAUUUUCAUGAGGCCCGGUCUCGAGCCGCCUUGGCUAAGGGUUGGAGCGAACUAGAGAGUGGGGACGAGGAGGAGGAUGGCGAUGAGGAGGAGGAGGUACUAGCCCUCGAUAUUGCCGAUGAGGACGAUGAAGAUGGAGACAGCGCGGAGGAUGAGGAGGAUGACGAUGAUGAUGGUGGGAGCUCAGUGCAGAGUGAAGCUGAGGCCUCUGCGGAUCCCAGUUUGUCGUGGGGUCAGAGGAAAAAACUUUACUACGAUACGGACUAUGGUUCCAAGUCCCGAGGCCGGCGGAGUCAGCAAGAAGUAGAGGAGGAGGAAAGAGAGGAGGAGGAGGAGGCACAGCUCAUCCAGAGGCGCCUAGCCCAAGCCUUGCAAGAGGAUGAUUUUGGGGUUAACUGGGUGGAGGCCUUUGCAAAACCUCAGGUCCCUCAGGUAGAUGAGUCUGAGACACGGGUUGUGAAGGAUUUGGCCAAAGUUUCAGUGAAAGAGAAGCUGAAGAUGCUGAAGAAGGAAUCACCAGAGCUCUUGGAGCUGAUAGAAGACCUGAAAGUUAAGUUGACGGAGGUGAAAGAUGAGCUGGAGCCAUUGUUGCAGUUGGUGGAGCAAGGGAUCAUUCCACGUGGAAAAGGAAGCCAAUACCUGAGGACCAAGUACAACCUCUAUUUGAACUACUGCUCCAACAUCAGUUUUUAUUUGAUCCUGAAAGCUAGGCGAGUCCCCGCACACGGACAUCCUGUUAUAGAAAGGCUUGUGACCUACCGAACUUUAAUCAACAAGCUGUCAGUUGUGGAUCAGAAGCUGUCCUCAGAGAUUCGUCAUCUACUCACACUUAAGGAUGGUGCUGGAAAGAAAAAACUAACUCCAAAAGCAAAACCCACCAAGGCCAAACCAAAAUCUGUUUCAGAGACUGCUGCCGCUGCCGCUGUUACAGAUCUUUCUGAUGAUGCCAAUUUUGAUGAAGCUGCCCUGAAAUACUAUAAAGAAAUGGAAGACAGGCAGAAGUUGAAGAGAAAGAAAGAAGAAAAUAGUACCGAAGAACAGGAUCUUGAAGAUAAAAAUGCAAAGAGAGCCAUUACCUAUCAGAUUGCUAAAAACAGGGGACUUACACCAAGGAGAAAGAAGAUUGAUCGCAAUCCCAGAGUGAAACACAGAGAGAAGUUCAGGAGAGCCAAAAUUCGCAGAAGAGGCCAGGUUCGUGAAGUUCGCAGGGAAGAGCAACGUUAUAGUGGCGAACUAUCUGGAAUUCGUGCAGGAGUUAAAAAGAGCAUUAAGCUUAAGUAAAGUUUCGUUUUGUUUUUGCAAGUUUUACAUCAAUAAAUUUAAUUUUAACUAGUGAA